AUGGCACUGGUUGGAUGGGGUAAGACAAGCUCACCUGCGCGAAAACAGCGCCCACAGCCGAUUGCCGGCCGAGGGUGGAAAUCCUCCCCAAUCCAAUCCACUGCAACCUUUGUCCGAAGACGCGCAGUGCUCUUCUUCGCCAUUCUUUUUCGUACGAUCUGUAUAUCCUUUACGUUGUCCUCUUCAUCUCUUUCCGUCUUCUUUGUUACAGAAAUAUGGGCCGCCAUUCUUGAAACAAAACCUCCGACCCCAGGAAACUUUCCGCUCUCCACCCCCUCCCACCGCUCAACCUCGGUACAUCAGCCCUUCCGACGAGGUCAGCUCUUGGGGAAGCAAUUAGGCAAGAACCCACAAACAGCUACAAUGAACCACAUGGGUUCACCUCCCUCCAUACCAGCAGACCACUCCUCUACUAAGCGAAAGCGCAGUCUGUCGGGUGAGGAACCUAAUCGACAGCCCACACCUCCGGCCAAAGUGCCGAAAACGAAUGCAAAUCAUCUACAGAUCAACUAUUUAGCUCGUCAAUACCAAGAGAUUCUCCCUCUGAUCUCACCUGAAGAUGCCCUCCCAUCCAUACUAUCCCUCAUUUCCGACUAUGAUGGUGUCCUCCACCGCCACGAAUCCAUGGCCGGCAACCUCGGCGCUAGGCCUCUCGGUCCCAUCCUCAUCCAACGCUUCGAACGUAUCUUUGACGGCCCACCACGCGUGCUCAAAACCCACGGCAAAGAAGGCACAUCCGUCGGCUGGCUUGACGUUGUCGAAUUUGCCCGCAACAAACCGGAACAAUUCAAUCUGGAGAAGAUGAGAGAGGGGAACAGGGUCUGCCAGUUCUAUACGAAGCAGUGUCGGGUGGAGAUCAGUGAAGAGGAUUAUGUACUGAUUAAGAGUGGGAUGCCGGAAAAGUUGAUUCCGCCGCAGCCGAUUGGCGAGGAUGAGGAGAAGGAGUUGGGGACGUUGGAGAUUUUGGAGAAGAACCUGGGUGGGGUUGUGCAACUAGCUGAUCAAGGCGAGUUCUGCGUAUCUACAUGGGGAAUGAUCCGAACUUAA